UGAAUCGCUUAUGCUAUGCUCGUUCCGGGGCGCCCUCGCCGCUCCAUACGCUGACGGUCGGUGAAACACGUUGAUGCCACCAGCAAAGCUCCAUCCCUCAAUCAUUUGAGAAGGAUGUGACUCGUCAACGCAAGGCAUUCUCCUGUGACUGGGGGAAGGGAGAAGUGAGGAGAAGCAUGAAGAAGGUGGGCAGGGGAAAACUCUCCUUCAACAAAUGUGGCAUUUCUGUGUACUUCAUCUCUCAUCCAGCAUAAAGGAACCAACAAUGCAAGCCUUGUAAGCUGCCAAUUAUGGCUCAAAGGAAAAGGCCGGGGAGUUGUGGGGGAAGCAGCAUGGCCACUCAAGGUCCAGCUUCCUGUCCUACACCUCGUCAUGCAGAGUCAUGUGAUCUAAAAGCCCUCCCUGCAAGACAACGCCCUCUCCACUACCACAAAGAGUCAUGUGACCUGAAAGCUCCCGCUCAUUCCUGUAAGGCACAAUAUUCCUCUCUGAAGCCCCAGGAAGGGGAUCACAGUUCCUCUCAAAAAGAUGCAGAGGUGGAAGGAAAGCAGUACAGCAACAACGAUGCUGACAUUGAACUGAAGAAUCAGCAUCCAGAAACCCCGCCCUUGCCCGAACAUAACCAUGAAGAUCAUGACGAGGCCGACUUCCAUGGGGGCGCUGAUAGUCUUGAUGAUGACUCCAGCUCUGACUACAUCAACAACUCCUCAGACGAUGAGGAAGACUAUGAUGAUGGACUGGCAGAGGAGGAUGAGGGUGUGACCUAUUACAUCCGCUACUGUCCAGAGGACGACAGUUACCUAGAGGGAAUGGAUUGCAGCAGCCAGGGAGAAUGCAAGGGUGGCUGUGCCAUGCAGCAAAGCAGAUCCCACCCCGAUGAAUGCCAGGAGGCUGUGGAAGAGUGGGGUGAGGAGCAGGAGGAGGCUGACGGCGAGGUUAGAGAAGAAGAGGAGUGGGCGGAAGAUGAGGAAGGAGAAGGGGCUGUCAGGGAUGAAUGGAGAGAAGAGCACGGGGAGGUGACAGAAGGGUGGAGAGACAGAGAUGAGGAGGUGCAAGAGGAGUGGAGGGAGGAGAGCCAGGUCAGGCAUGAGCAGUGGGUGGGGCGAGAGAGACAAAGGGUGGAGGAGUGGUGUGAGGAGGAGGGGGAGGUUCGCUGUGAGGUGGUGAAACAAGACCCAGAUGAACAGAUAUAUAACGGACGGCCAGAACCCAUCCUGGACCAUCACCACCACCAUCGCUAUCACCACCAGCCUGACAUGCAAGACACCUUACACACCUGUGGAGGUGACAAAGAGGAGGAGCAAGAUGCAGAAAGUGAAGAGUACAACCCAAAUGAGGAAGAGGACGACGAGGAUGGUGAAGAGGAGGAGCGACAUGGUCGAGCAUACACUGGAGACUACUAUGUCCCUGAAGACAAUGGCAACUCAGUGGUGGUUUCUUCAUAUAGUGGCCGUAAAGUCUUAGUGGUCGAAGGGGAAACGGGGGAAGAGGCUGAGGAAGACAUUGAUCAAAUAGUUGCUGAAGUAAAAAUGAGUAUGAGCAUGGGGAGCUUAAGCAGCGGCACUGACCAAAGUCCAGAGGAGUUGGCCCAGGACCCAGCCCCAAGCGUCUACUCUCACUCUAAGCCUGAGGCAGCCCCUUAUCCACCUCCUCAUCACCGCCAUGACAGUCGGCCCAAGUCCCUGAACCUUCCGUCCAUGCACCACAACAACCCUGACCUCCAGAGGGGUAUCAAGGCACAUCUGCGCUCCCCUGAAGACAGACAGAGAUGGGCUCAAGAGCAGGGCGGCAAUGGUGCAGAGCAACCAAGAAAACAGCAGCGAUCAGACCUUAAUGUUCCUCUGGAGAACAAUAAUGUGCCAGAGCCAACAAAGAAAGUUGCAUCUUUCCCCAGCUUUGUGGAUGUCCCGGGACCAUGUGAACCCGAAGACCUGAUUGAUGGAAUUAUUUUUGCUGCAAACUACCUGGGCUCCACACAGCUGCUUUCUGAGAGGAAUCCUUCCAAGAACAUACGCAUGAUGCAGGCUCAGGAGGCCGUCAGCAGGGUCAAGAGAGUACAGAAGGCUGCCAAAAUCAAGAAAAAGGCGAAUGCUGAUGGAGACACUCAAACUCUGACUGAGGUCGAUCUGUUCAUCUCCACCCAGAGGAUAAAAGUCCUCAAUGCAGACACACAAGAAACAAUGAUGGACAAUGCACUUCGCACAAUCUCCUACAUCGCCGAUAUUGGGAACAUCGUGGUUCUGAUGGCAAGACGCCGAAUGCCUCGAACGGCUUCGCAGGACUGCAUCGAAACUACCCCUGGAGCACCUGAGGCAAAGAAGCAGUACAAGAUGAUCUGCCAUGUGUUUGAGUCAGAGGAUGCCCAGCUCAUUGCUCAGUCCAUAGGUCAGGCCUUCAGCGUGGCCUACCAGGAGUUCCUCAGAGCCAAUGGAAUUAACCCAGAGGACCUGAGUCAGAAGGAGUACAGUGACAUCAUCAACACCCAGGAAAUGUACAAUGAUGACCUCAUUCAUUUCUCCAACUCUGAAAACUGCAAAGAGUUGCAGCUAGAGAAGAGCAAAGGCGAGAUCCUGGGGGUGGUGAUCGUGGAGUCCGGCUGGGGCUCCAUUCUGCCCACGGUCAUCUUGGCCAACAUGAUGAACGGAGCGCCGGCUGCUCGCUCUGGCAAGCUCAGCAUCGGAGACCAGAUCAUGUCCAUCAACAACACCAGCCUCGUGGGGCUGCCACUCGCCACCUGUCAGGGAAUCAUUAAGGGCUUAAAGAACCAGGUGCAGGUAAAAAUGAACAUUGUCAGCUGUCCCCCUGUGACCACCGUCCUUAUCAAGAGACCGGAUCUGAAAUAUCAGCUGGGUUUCAGCGUCCAGAAUGGCAUUAUAUGCAGUUUGAUGCGUGGAGGCAUUGCAGAGCGAGGGGGGGUCCGCGUGGGUCACAGGAUUAUCGAGAUCAACGGCCAGAGCGUGGUGGCCACAGCACACGAGAAGAUUGUUCAGGCCCUCUCAAACUCCGUUGGCGAGAUCCACAUGAAGACGAUGCCGGCAGCCAUGUUCAGGCUUUUAACAGGACAGGAAACACCCAUAUACAUAUAGAUGAAGAUAAACAACAGCCUGUAAGCAUCCGGAUUCUCAUCUUUCCGUGCAAAACCACACGCAGAGUGUCCACUGGCGGGAGGAUUACUCCUCUCUGACCAUUCGAAUCUCUGUUUCUAAUUUCUUUGAGCUGAUGACUUUCAUUUUUAAUCAUCACCCCCUUUUUACCCCAACCCCCCUGACAUGCAAAGGCCAUUUUAAUGACAAAACUCGCUUAAUCCAUCAGAGCUGAAGAGGCAGCGCGUGACAAAAUGAUGGUUGUCCUGUCUGUACUUUUUUUUUUUUUGUCUUUUGAGUAACGUUUUCGGAAUUUUCGUGAUGCAAUAUUUGAUUUUGACAUUUGCCUUUAUUUAUUUCCCAUGUAAAUACACAUUUAACUAACACUGGGGAGCGUGGAACGGCUGCGUUUGUAAAUAAUUCUUGAAGUUGCAGGCAGACAAAGCUCUGUCGUCAGGCGUGAAAACGACUUGCGUCUUUGAAUGUGCUGAGCUGUCGUGUUCAUCCAACCGACACCCACAGAGGGGGAUUAUGGGAGAAACGCCAUAUCCGUUUUUGAGUUACCACAUUUUAAGGCAAUACACAACUGCGACCUCUGAGCGGCGAGUCUUUUCUAAAUCUCAUGUACAAAAAUGCCGCUCGCCCAUAUAGCAGCAGUGAACAUGGCAGUAGUUAUGCUUUUGAUAUCAGGUCACAUGGAUGCCGUUUCUCUCGUGUGCUUACCCUCCACAUCCAUCUUUAUUGUUCUGACUGAUUCUCUCUUGGAGACUGGACUGUGAAUGUAACCGUGUUGUGUAUGAACUGUCUCAUUUCCACGAGCAGUAUUAAAAUGUCUGUGCAUAAAAGAGAACCUCGACUAGUAUUGUGCUAAUGAUGAGAAACCAGAACACACAGGUUUAACCACCGCUAUCAUUCCACUGGACACCGGCCCGCCAACAGAGAGCGCUGCGAAUCACACACACUGUGACAGAGAUGAUAAAAAAAAAAAAAGCCUUACCCCAGAGUGACGCUUUCACACCUCACUGUAGUACUUCUAACCGUAUGAACAUUAUCUGUGUGCAUGCCUCGUAAUCUAGUAUCAUGUCAUUGUGGCAAGAUAAUAAACGCUCAGUUGAACCUGU